AUGUAUAAAUGCUUCUUUGGCGAAUCGAAAAAGGAAAUCGAGGAAAUCUGUCUUAAGGACAAAAUACUGGACUCGUGGGCAUCUCCUGAAUUAAAGAAGAAACUUCUGAGUAAAGAGCACUCCCUAGACGAGAUUAUUGAGGCGUGUCAAGUCGAGGAGCAAAUUAACAAACAAGACGAAGCCAUGCAGAAGCCAACCGUUGAGACAAUAAACAAAAUUGUGGCUCGUAAAGCAAAACCGGGAGUGGAAUGUUUUAGGUGUGGUCGGAUGGGUCAUGGCAAUAGUGAUCCCCCUAAAAAUGGAAACCUCAAGCGUCGACUAGAUGACGAUUGUGCUGGAGAGGGUCGACCUGAUUUCAAAAGGAAGAAGGAAAGCUCGAAUUGCUUUAGAAUAUGCAGCGACGAGGAAGAAGAGCUUAUCAGCUGCAAAAUUGGAGGCCAGGAAGUUUCUCUUAUUAUCGAUACUGGUUCGCGAUUCAACCUCAUCAGCCAUAUAGACUGGGAAACACUGAAAAGGAAAACCACGGCGGUGUUUAAUGUGAGAUCACAUUCACAAAAACAAUUCCGAGGAUAUGCUUCUGAUCAAUUACUAGAAGUAAUUUGUGUUUUUGAAGCACCGAUAUCAGCGGUACCAGAUGUCGAGGUGAUUGCUACAUUUUUUGUUAUUAAAAAUGGACGACAGUCAUUACUGGGGCGUGAGACAGCCAUAAAGCUAAAUGUUCUUCGUCUUGGCCUAAGUGUCAAUCGGGUUGAAACGACCGCACCAUUUCCCAAAUGGAAAGGUGUCGAAAUAAAGCUGUGCAUUGAUCCACAAAUCAAGCCUGUUCAGCAGCCGGUGCGGAGGAUCCCAGUGGCACUUGAAGAUAAAGUUGCAGCGAAGCUGGAUGAAGCUUUGAGGCGAGACAUUAUUGAAUCUGUUACGAGUCCGAGUCGAUGGAUCUCCCCAAUUGUCCUGGCGUUUAAGGAGAAUGGCGAUAUUCGACUCUGCGUGGAUAUGCGUCUGGCGAACAAGGCAAUUCGUCGAGAAAUGUAUCCAUUACCAACAUUUGAAUCUUUUAUGACCAAACUUAAAGGUGCACGAUUCUUUUCGCGCUUAGACUUGAAAGACGCUUAUCAUCAGCUGGAACUGGAUGAAGACAGCAGGGAAAUCACAACCUUUAUAACACCAAUGGGACUUUUUCGAUAUAAAAGACUGAUGUUCGGAGACUACCAGGAAGAUGGGGAAAACAAGGAACAUCGAACGGAGCGGUUGGCGGAAAGUUUACAUCAACCGUUGAAGCUGAAACUUGUUAAUAAAGGAGGGAUGUGGGAAUCUGCACAGAGCAGCGAGAUCGCCAAGGAGAGCGACGAUGCUAGCAUUGGACACGAGCGAUGA